AUGAGCUGCGUCCUGAACGGCGUCGUGCCCUUGGGGCUGCUGCUGCUGGUCUGCGGGGCCCAGGGCUUCUUCCUGCCCAACGUCACCCACUUGGAGGAGCUGCUCAGUAAAUACCAGCAGGACAGGCCCCACUCCCGGGUCCGGAGGGCCAUUCCCAGGUCGGACAAGGAGGAGAUCCUCAUGCUUCACAACAAGCUGCGGGGCCAGGUGCACCCCCCGGCCUCCAACAUGGAGUACAUGACCUGGGACGAGGAGCUGGAGAGGUCGGCCGCGGCGUGGGCUCACGAGUGCAUCUGGGAGCACGGGCCCACCGGUCUGCUGGUGUCCCUUGGGCAGAACCUGGCCGUCCACUGGGGCAGGUACCGUUCUCCCGGCUUCCACGUGCAGUCCUGGUACGACGAGGUGAAGCACUACACGUACCCCUACCCCCACGAGUGCGACCCCUGGUGUCCGGAGAGGUGCUCCGGGCCCAUGUGCACCCACUACACGCAGAUAGUCUGGGCCGCCACCAACAAGGUCGGCUGUGCUGUGAACACCUGCCCGAGGAUGAACGUGUGGGGAGAUGUCUGGGAGAACGCGGUCUACCUCGUGUGCAAUUACUCUCCAAAGCACAAGUGUGUGCUCCGCUUCCUGCUCUUGCCCCGAGGCUGCAUCUCCCUCCUCAGGAGGCUGUCAUCCCCAGCCCCGCCGGAUGACAGUCAAUGCCCCCGCGGUCUGCACGUCGUAUCCCGGAUGGGAGCAGAAAGGCGCUCCCGGGGGGUCACGACCUACCUCGAAGAGACUUUCGUCCCCAAACCCGAAACGGACGAGAUGAACGAGGUGGAGGUGGCUCCCGUCCCGGAAGAGAAGCACGUCUGGGUCCAGCCGAGGGUGACCAGACCCACGAAGCCCAAGAAAGCGGCCGCGGUGAACUACAUGACCCAAGUUGUCAGCUGUGACACCAAGAUGAAGGACAAGUGCAAAGGGUCCACGUGCAACAGGUACCAGUGCCCAGCGGGCUGCCUGAGCAGCAAGGCGCCGGUGUUCGGAACUCUCUUUUACGAAAGUUCGUCCAGCAUAUGCCGGGCCGCCAUUCACUACGGGAUCCUGGACGCCAAAGGUGGCCUGGUGGACGUCACCAGGAACGGGAAGGUCCCCUUCUUCGUCAGGUCUGAGAGAAACGGCGUGGAGUCUUUGAGCAGGUACAAACCUUCCAGCUCGUUCAUGGUGUCCAAAGUAAAAGUGCAGGACUUGGACUGUUACACCACCGUUGCUCAGCUCUGCCCGUUCGAGAAGCCGGGGACCCACUGCCCAAGAGUUCAUUGUCCGGCACACUGCAAAGACGAGCCGUCCUACUGGGCUCCCGUGUUUGGAACUAACAUCUACGCAGACACUUCAAGCAUCUGUAAGACGGCCGUGCACGCGGGAGUCAUCGGGCAGGAGAGCGGGGGUUACGUGGAUGUGAUGCCAGUGGACAAAAAGAAGGCCUACGUGGGCUCGCUCAGGAACGGAGUGCAGUCUGAAAGAACAUUCUUCACGAGGGGUCCCAGCGCCGCUUCGGGCUGCCAGACCGGUUUCUGGCCCAUGCCGCUCAUUCUCACCUGUGCCCUGCUGUCCGUGGAAGAGCUCGGUGCCCGUGCCGGCCUCCCGGCCUCCCGGCCUGCUGGGGAGUCUCAGCUGUACGUGGAGACGCGGCAGAAUCGCAUCCAGACCCCCAGGGGCCCCGCGCCCCGUCUCGCCAAGCGCUCCCAUCGGAUGCCCGUUCCAGAAGUUCAGCCCCGGGGUAGCCAAGAGCACGAAGCUGCCAUGAGGCGAGGGGAAAACAGGCAAGAAUUCCGAGCGGCCUGCUUCCCGAGGAUCGCCGCCCUGGCCGAGAAGUCUGAGAGCGCAGGGGCCCUUCGGGUGGCUGUUACCUACCGGAUGCGCGACCUGGGGCGGCUGCGUGACCUCGGGGGAGUCCUGCUUCCCUCUCGCUGCCUCGGCCUCCUCGCCUGCACGCCAGGGUCCGUCGCGCAGCCCCCGGGGAAGAAGGCCAAAGGCGCGUACAGAGCGUGCGGCCUGCGAGCCUAG